AUGACCGGAGAGAAGGUCCGCUCCCUGCGGAAGGACCACCGGCCCAGCAAGGACGAGGAUUUACUGGAACCGGACGAGGAGGCUGCCACCGGGACGUUCACAGCCUCCAAGACGAACAACAAGAUCAGGGCGAGUAAAAUCUUCAGCAAUCACAAGUUAAUCAAGUCGUCUUCCGCGCAGGCGCAGCAGAACAAACAGUCGCAGAUUAAUGCCAACACUAACACACUGUCAAGCACCGAUGUCAUAGAUGACAACAACAAAAACCCCAUUAUCCGAGCCGGCCAGGAUUUUCCGGUACACGAGUGCGUGUUUAAAGGGGAUGUACGGCGGCUGUCAUCGCUCAUACGGACGAGAAAUAUCGCCCAGAAGGAUGUCCACGGAAACACGCCGCUGCACCUUGCUGUCAUGAUGGGCCACAAAGAAUGUGCCCAUCUGCUGCUGGCCCACAAUGCACCAGUGAAGGUGAAGAACGCUCAGGGAUGGAGCCCGCUUGCUGAGGCGAUCAGCUAUGGAGACCGACAGAUGAUCACAGCGCUGCUACGGAAACUGAAGCAACAGUCCAGAGAGAGUGUGGAGGACAAGAGGCCCAAGCUGCUGAAAGCCCUGAAAGAGCUCGGAGACUUUUACUUGGAGCUUCACUGGGACUUUCAAAGUUGGGUGCCUUUGCUGUCCAGAAUCCUGCCGUCAGACGCAUGUAAGAUCUACAAACAAGGCCUUAACAUCAGGUUGGACACUACUCUGAUAGACUUCACAGAUAUGAAGUGCCAGCGUGGGGACCUCAGUUUUAUCUUCAAUGGAAAUGCCGUACCAUCGGAGUCUUUCGUUGUGUUGGACAAUGAACAGAAAGUCUACCAGCGGAUCCACCAUGAGGAAUCAGAAAUGGAGACAGAGGAGGAGGUGGACAUUUUGAUGAGCAGCGACGUUUACUCUGCCACGCUGUCCACCAAGUCCAUCACCUUCUCCAGGGCGCAGACCGGCUGGCUCUUCAGAGAAGACAAGACGGAGCGCGUGGGAAAUUUUCUAGCAGAUUUUUAUUCUGUGAACGGCCUGGUCCUGGAGUCCAGGAAGAGACGGGAGCACCUGAGCGAGGAGGACAUCCUGAGGAACAAAGCCAUUAUGGAGAGUCUGAGUAAAGGAGGAAACCUCAUAGAGCAGAACUUUGAGCCAGCGAGGAGGCAGUCUUUAACCCCCCCAUCAACCAACACUAUAUCCUGGGAAGAAUACAUCAGUGCUGACAACGGAAAAGCGCCACAUCUGGGACGAGAGCUGGUCUGCAAAGAGAGCAAGAAGAACUUCAAAGCCACCAUAGCCAUGAGUCAGGACUUCCCUUUGGGCAUUGAAUCGUUGUUGAACGUUCUGGAAGUCAUCGCACCCUUCAAGCACUUUAAUAAACUCAGGGAGUUUGUUCAGAUGAAGCUCCCACCAGGCUUUCCUGUCAAACUAGACAUCCCCGUGUUUCCCACCAUCACAGCCACGGUGACAUUUCAGGAGUUUCGCUACGAUGAGUUUGAGGAAUCCAUUUUUACCAUCCCCAACGAUUACAAAGAAGACCCCAGUCGCUUCCCUGACCUUUAACCCUUCAUGCACUGAGCUGAAAACACGCCAGUGACUUUACCACAAUAUGUACAUUUCCAACCACUAAAGGAAAACAGGAGGGAAGAAAAAAAACAGCUACAGCUACUGUUCCUGAGCCACCUGGAUCCACCUGGAUCCACAUGGAUCCACCUGGACCCUGAACACAGAUGACCUUGAGCCGGCAGAGGUCCGAGCCCCCUGAGGCUGGAUGUGAGGGUGACGUCGUCCACAUCAUAAAGGGUUUUCAGGUGUUGGAGGAGGUGGAGUCAGCCGUCACUGUAGGAGGGGCAGCGAACUGUUGAGUCCGACAACUGAGUCUGAAAGGCAUCCAAGUUGGAGAUGAACCACAGAACAGGUGUGUGUUUGGACCGAAGACCACGCCUGGGAUUUAAGUCUGGACGGAUGGUCAUAAAGGGACUGUUGGAAACGGAGCUGGAGUCAAAGCACUGACAUAAACAGAGGAAACCCACUAAAACCCACUAAAACCCCCUCUGUACGUUCGGUUUUUGCUGAAGUAGACAUAAUAAUAAUAAUAAUAAUAAUGAUGAUUAUUAUUAUUCUUGUUAUAAAGUAGGUAUAGGUGUAUUUCUUUACAGAUCUCUGUUGUAGGAUUCGGGUGGAUUAUGGAGGAAAGACCUGCGACAGAGGGGAGUCCAGUAGAAGACCCACUGGUGUGGGUUUACUGCUCCAGGCUUCUAAGGGUUUGGUGUCUUUGGUCAUUCAACUGGUUUGACAGGAAACAGGAAUUCUAGCCUGUAUAUAUAUAUAUAUAAAAAACGGUCUGUUUUCAGACAGGGAGGGGUUAAAUA